CAUCCCGCCUCCAUGCGACAUAGAAGCGGAGCUCCACCACUCUCGCAAGGGUCGGGAUCCCAAGAACUGGCUAGAGGUCAACUGGUGGCAUGUCGCUCGUUGGGAGCACAGGCUAGAUCUGCUUGCCCAAGGUGCGCCGAUCGAGGCUGCAGGCGCACCUACUACGGCGGAUUACAUGCCGUGGUUGCUCUCCAUUACUCGCCGAUGGAUGACACCACGAGGUAUCUUGGCGGCAUCCCAGUACAAUCCCGCAGCACCGACGAUGACACACUUUGCACAGGGCAUUGCAUCAGUCAUCGGCUCCUCCCAAGAGGAGCCCGUACGGGAGAUUGCCCAAGGCAUACUCCAAGGCACGUAGUUUCAACACUUCAUUCCGAAAGUAACUGCGCCCCACACCACUACGUACGCGUACGAGUCAUCUGCUCAUCAACCCGACGUUCAUCUUGAGGAGGUUGACUUAACGUGUCCGGACUACGGUGUCGGGUCCUCACAGGGUGCCACAUCAUCAAACUAUCAAUCCCCUCCCCUACCCGAGCGUCAUGCGACUGCAUCUUACUAUCGUAGGAGGCGUCGUAA